AUGGUUCUCGAGCGCCUUCAACAGCUGACCCACCAGGUCCAAGCUACUUCUCCUCCUCCUCAUCCCCUGGAUCCCCUCUCGACAGUAGAAAUUGACACCGCUGUCGCCCUUAUCCGCAAGGAGUAUGGCAAGGUCAACUUCAAUGCGGUCACUCUGUAUGAGCCCCGCAAGGCGGAGAUGAUGGCAUGGCUGGAAAACCCGCAGAAGGCUCCCCGUCCCACUCGUGCUGCGGAUAUCGUUGCCAUUGCGCCUGGCGGCAAGGUCUACGAUGGAAUCGUCGACCUUGAUAACAAAAAGAUCCUGAGAUGGGAACACACGCCUGGCGUGCAACCCCUGAUCACCAUGGAAGAUUUGCAGGAGGUUGAGUCGAUUGUUCGCCAGGAUCCCAAGGUCAUUGAGCAGUGCGCGAUCAUCGGCAUUCCUAAGGAGGAAAUGCACAAGGUUUACUGCGAUCCUUGGACAAUCGGAUACGACGAGCGUUUCGGCAAUGGUGUUCGUCUGCAACAGGCUCUUAUGUACUACCGUCCCCACAUUGACGAUUCUCAAUACACGUUUCCUCUGGACUUCUGCCCUAUCUUCAAUGCGGAAACGAAGCAGGUCAUUCACAUCGAUAUCCCGCCGGUCCGGAGGCCCAUCAGCAAGGCGCCUCCCAACAACUACCACCCCGCGUCGAUUGAGAAAGAUGGUGGUUACAGGACGGAUAUUAAGCCCAUUCACAUCACUCAGCCAGAGGGUGUUUCUUUCGGUAUCAACGGACGUACUAUCGACUGGCAAAAGUGGAACAUCCACGUUGGUUUCAACUACCGUGAGGGUAUCGUCUUGAACAACAUUACCUUCAAUGACAAUGGAAAUGUCCGCCCCGUGUUCUACCGUCUCUCUCUCGCAGAGAUGGUCGUCCCCUACGGAAAUCCUGAGCACCCUCAUCAGCGCAAGCACGCUUUCGACCUGGGAGAGUACGGCGGUGGCUACAUGACCAACAGUCUUUCCCUCGGCUGCGACUGCAAGGGCGCCAUCCACUACAUGGAUGCUGCCUUUGUCAACCGUGCGGGUGCCAGCACGAUCAUCAAGAACGCCAUCUGUAUCCACGAGGAAGACGCCGGUAUCCUCUUCAAGCACACCGACUUCCGUGACGAGUCUGUCAUUGUAACUCGUGGCCGGAAGCUGGUCAUCUCCCACAUCUUCACUGCCGCCAACUACGAGUACUGCGUCUACUGGAUCUUCCACCAGGACGGUACUAUCCAGCUCGACAUCAAGCUCACCGGUAUUCUGAACACCUACGCCAUGAACCCCGGCGAGGACACCAAGGGCUGGGGUACUGAAGUCUACCCUGGAGUCAACGCACACAACCACCAGCAUCUGUUCUGUCUGCGUGUGGACGCUAAUGUCGACGGACCCAACAACACCGUCUUCCAAGUCGACGCAACUCGCAGUGAAGCGGAGGUGGGAAGUGCUGAGAACCCGUACGGAAACGCAUUCUACGCCAAGAAGACAAAGUUCACUACCCCUCUUGAAGCAAUGUCCGACUAUGACGGCAACACAUCCAGAACCUGGGAAAUUGCAAACACCAACAAGCUGAACCCCCACAGCAAGAAGCCUGUCUGCUACAAGCUCGUCAGCCGUGAAGUGCCUCCCUUGCUUCCGAAGGAAGGUAGUUUGGUCUGGAAGCGGGCUGGAUUCGCUAGACAUGCCGUGCAUGUCACUAAGUACUCUGAUGACGAAAUUCACCCUGCCGGUCGCCACGUACCCCAAACCUCGGGUGAACCAUCCCAUGGUCUGCCAGCCUGGAUUGAAGCCGCUGGUCCGAAUUCAUCUAUCGAGAACACGGACGUCGUCCUAUGGCAUACGUUUGGCCUUACACACUUCCCUGCCCCUGAAGACUAUCCUAUCAUGCCUGCUGAGCCGAUGACCCUGCUUCUUCGUCCGAGACACUUCUUCGCGAGGAACCCUGCCUUGGACGUCCCUCCUAGCUUUGCUCGCACGCCGUCUCAAGUUGCGGCUGGCACUGGGGCGUGCUCUUCUUGCAAGAAGAGUGAUGGGUCUAGUGUUCAGGUCUAA